AGGAAAAUUGUUUCAGUCAAAGCAACUUGCAUCUCAUAUGGACAACAUUGGUUUGGGCACAGCAGCUAGUUUGAUUGAUUUGGUGUUCUCUUGGUCCAUUCAGGAUGCCCUCAAUCCCAUUCUUUACAAAGGCCAGAUAAAGAAGAUCCCUACCACAUUCACAUCCACUGCACACUACUAUAGCUCCUUUGUAGCUCCUCUUGUUGAAGAAACACAUGCAGACUUGCUCUCGGCCAUGUCAAGGCUGUCUCGAGCACCUUCGUAUCAACUUCAUUCCAUCGAAAGCGAAACAAAUUACAGAGCUCCAACAGAUUUUUCUUACAAGAUUGUUUUGCGAAAACCUGGGAACUCUAAUCAGACCGAUGUAGUAACAUAUAAACCGCAGGCCGGGGAUCUUGCCGCUUUAACCGAUGUAAAACCGACGUGCAUCAGCGACUUGAACAGGCCGAAAAUGCCUUAUAUUCUUGCAUAUGUUCAAUCCGUAGAUGACGGUAAACUCUCUGUUCGGUCAUCGAAACCAAUCAUGAUCGAACAAGAUAUGCAAAGAAACAAACACAUUGAUCUCUUCUUUGUGUUUUUAAUUAAUUUGACGACGAAUGUUCGUAUAUGGAACGCGUUGCACCCGAAUCCGAUAUUAGCGGACCUGCCGAUAAUCAACAAAGUUAUUCAAAUGAAUGACGAAAAAGAAUGUGCCGUGUGCUUAUCGGAAAACGACUCGGUUAUGAUCCCUUGGAUCAAAUCUUACAAUUUAAAUGAUUCCCAAGAAGCUGCAAUUACAAGUUGCAUUAAAACAUGGAGAUGUAACCAUCAAAAUGGUCAUGUUAAGCUCAUAUGGGGUCCUCCAGGGACAGGGAAGACUAAAACAAUUGGUUUAUUGUUGUUAGUUCUUCUAAGAAUGAAAUGCCGAACGAUUACAUGCGCUCCGACGCUCAUUGCGGUAAUGGAAUUGGCAUCUCGGGCUAUGAGAUUAGUUUCUGGGACACUCGAAUACGAAACAUAUGGACUCGGAGAUAUAGUUUUAUUUGGGAGUAGCGAACGAAUGGGAAUGGAUGAUCAUGAGAACUUAUUCCAUGUAUUUCUAGACUAUCGUGUUGAGAUGUUGAAAAAGUGUUUUUCACCGAGUACCGGGUGGAACGCUAGUUUAUCAUCGAUGAUAGAUUUACUCGAAGAUCCACGAGGACAAUACGGUCGAUACGUAACACAUCGAGAGCUUGGAAUUAAUCAAGAUGAAAUGGAUGAUCCUUUAAGUUUAGAAGGAUUUAUAAAGAAGAGAUUUUUUCAAUACAAUGAGCAACUCAAAUUUUGUGUUGUAAACUUAUACACUCACUUACCAACUGCUCGAAUUUCGUUACAAGUUGUGACCGACAUGAUGGUAGCUCUCGAUUUACUUCGAUUCAUCGAGACUUUGUUGAAUCGUUACGAUUACGGAGAUGAAAGAUUGAGUACCGCAACAAAAACUUGCCUCCCCGUACUCGAAUCACUCGCUCGUUCCUUCCGAGUUCCGGAAUAUAUACACAAGUUCAUGAUCAAAACCUUGUGUUUGGACAACGCGUACCUCUUGUUCUGCACCGCGUCGAGCUCAUCGAAACUACAUACCGAAAGAACACAAGAGUUAGACCUUUUGGUUAUCGACGAAGCUUCUCAACUCAAAGAAUGUGAAUCCACCAUUCCGUUCCAAAUUCCCGGUUUGCGCCAAGUUGUUCUCGUAGGAGACGAACGGCAACUUCCGGCGAUGAUACGAAGCAAGAUUUCGGGUGAAGCUGAAUUUGGAAGAAGUAUGUUUGAAAGGCUUGUUUUUUUAGGAAAAAAGAAACAUUUGUUCAAUGUUCAAUAUAGGAUGCAUCCAGCUAUAAGUUCAUUUCCAAAUAAAGAAUUUUAUGAUGGGUUAAUUAUGGAUGCUCCAAUGGUGAAACAUAGAAGCCAUGAGAAGGAUUUUUUGCAUGGGAAUAUGUAUGGUGCUUAUUCAUUCAUUAAUAUAGCAUAUGGAAAGGAACAAUUUGGUCAUCUUCUUAGUAAAAUGAAUAUGGUGGAGGUUGCAGUGGUUUGCAGCAUUGUUAGAAUCCUCUUCAAAGAGUUCAAUGCCACAAAACAAAGGGUGAGCAUUGGGGUUAUAUCACCCUACGCAGCUCAAGUACAUGCAAUAGAAGAGAAGCUUAAACAGACAUACAGUGGAUGUUGUUGUUCUUCAGACAGUGGGUUCAGUGUUAGGGUUCGAUCAGUUGAUGGGUUCCAAGGAGGUGAAGAAGAUGUCUUAAUCAUCUCUACUGUUAGGUCCAACUUAAAUGGAUCUGUUGGUUUUCUAUCUAAUCGACAGAGGGCAAACGUUGCUUUGACACGUGGAAGGCACUGCCUUUGGAUAUUAGGUAACGAAACAACCUUCAUUAAAAGCAGUUCAGUAUGGACCAAACUAGUCCUCGACGCCAAAGCGAGGGGAUGUUUCUUCAAUGCCCACGAAGACAAGCAUUUAAAUGAAGUCAUUACCACAACCUUGAUCGACCUUCAACAAUUCGACAUUCUAUUAACCAUGGAUUCUCCAUUGUUCAAGCAUGCAAAAUGGAAGAUUUGCUUCAGCAAAGACUUGAAAAAAUCAAUGUCUAACAUAAAGAAUAAAGAGGUACAUAAACAGACGAUUAAGGUGAUGGAAAAGCUUGCUAGUGGAUGGCGUGAUGAUGAGAAGAAGAAGAUGAUAGUGGGGGAUGAUGAUGGUUGUUGUUUUGGGCUGUUGCAGGUGAGUUUAAUAGGGGAUGGUGAGUUGAGUCUGGUUUGGAGUGUGGAACUGGAAAUGGUGAAGGGGAAUUCAGAGUGGGUCAUUCAAGUUUUGAAGGUUUGGGAUGUAUUGCCAUUGUUGGAUGUAGCUAAGGUUGCACAAAAGCUCCAUAUUUUAUUUGCAGAAUAUACAGUGGAGAAGAUCAGUAGGUGCAGAUAUGAGUGCACGGAAGGGAAUUUGGUAGUUCCAAUGAAAUGGGUAGUGGAAGACAACCCUAUUGAGGGGCAAGAAGAUGAUAGAAUGCAGUGCCUAUCAACAUCUGGGGAUGCGCAUUCCAAUUUGAAUCCCAGUUCCAGUUCCAGUUCCAGUUCCAGUUCCAAUUUGAAUCCCAAUUCCAAUUCCAGCUCCCUGGGUUUUCAUUAUGCCAUAGCCAUUGCUAUCAUUGCCAUCUUUGUAUCCAAAUAUCUACCUUGGCCAAUCUUUUUUAGCAUUACUUUUUUUAUUUUUAUUUUAGCUUUCCUAAUCCAACAUUUAGGGUUCUCUCUCUGAGAAUUAUAUUAACUUGUUAUGGCUUAUCACUGUGUGUUUCUUUUUUCUUUUAAAGAGAAAAAGAGGGUUCUAAUGGCCCUCUCUUGUGGGGGAAAUUCUAAUGAAAAUUUAAGAGUUGUGAAGGUUUUUUUAUUUA